CACCACUAUGUCUACAACCAAGCUCACAACCAGAAUUUACAAAUAUGGGUUGGCAAGCGCGUUAAGCGUGUUAUCUUCGAAUCUGGGAUCAGUGUCGAUGCGGUUCUGAAGCGGUGCGGUAUCGAGCAAUUGGUGGACUUGCCUGGCGUUGGAGAAAAUUAUCGAGAUCACAAUGGCGCCUUUCUUCCACACUUUGCUGCUGACGAAGCUGUUACUAUGGACCCCCCUCUGGCUCCAUUUAAUCGCCCAAACAUUGUAGAAAACCUGGCAAAAUGGAAAAUCGAUGCCAAGUCACUCGUUGCCCAAAAGUUGCAUUUCAGUGGCAGCGAUGCAAAAAUCAAAUGGCGUCCUGACGGCGACGAGCUGGAAGCUAUGGGAUCAGCUUUUCAGCCACGAUGGAAAGAGUUCUUCCAGGACCGCCCAGACAAGGCUGUUGCAAUAUUUUGCCUUUUCGAGGGG